AUGACUAACCCACAAGACAAUCCUGGAACUCCUCCACCACCAUCUCCCUCAAAUUCAUCCACACCUUCUCCACCUAGUACACCGCCAAAACCUAGACUGCAUAGGGUGAAAAUGCUUGCUCGAAAGACCUUAGCAUCUGGGGCUUUGAGCAAGAAAUUAAAUGAAAAGUUGAAGGCAAGCCAGGCCCAAAACUCCAGCUCUAGCUCUGAUUCUAAAUCAUAUCAAUCCACUACUGAGGGAGAAGGACCUAGGUCUUCUAACUCUGAAAAGACUGAAGAAUCUCCAUCUAAGGCAAUUUCUUCUGAGAAUAUAGAAUCUAGGUUUAUUCUGGUUGGGUCUGUUAAGGAUGUAAAAGUACCAGGGUCACAAAGGAGUGGAGAAAGGGUAGAAAAGAGUGGCAUGAAGUCAAGGGGAAAUGGUUCUGGGGAAGCAACUGAAGGGUUGGUUCAUCUGAGCACACAGAGAGAUGAACUUAUUUCAUCUACUGAAGAGACCCUACCAGACCUACUGAAAAAGGUUGGGGCAAGCUAUGACCCAAAGAAAUGUAGAACUCCCACAAUAAAAGCCCCCAAUGUUCCUAAGCCUUCCAUGAAAAGAAAGGCUUCAUCCCCAACACCUACUGCCUCUUCAAUGCCAAGGGGUAGAGCCACAAGAAGUAGGGUGAAACAGAGUGAAGUUGAUCUACAGAGGGCUUUAAAAGAGAGUAAGAAAAAGAAAAUGGAUAAAGGAAAGGGAAAGAUUGCAGAAUCCUCAGAGGCUGUUGAGGAAGAGGAUAUGGAACUGGUCCAUCAAGAAAGGGGUACAUCAAUGGAGGUUCCUACCCCCAAGCCUAAAAAGCCCAAGACCUCCUCUAAGAAGUUUUUCUCUUUGUCUGAGGCUGUUGAACCUAUACUAGCCAAGAGGACAAGAUCUAUUUUAAAGGGUAGAAUGCUGAAAGACCUGGUGGAACCAGGAAUGAUGAGAUUGGUGGAUGCUUUAGUUGCUCAGGGAUGGAAGGACAUGGUCCUUCAGAUGGAUGGUAGGCUAGCCAGAAAUGAGCUAAUUGAAUUUAUGGCCAAUGUUGCGGUUAAGGAUAGCAUUGUUAGUAGCCUAGUGAAAGGAGUCCAAGUGAAGUUUUGUGAUUCAGAAGAGGUGAAUGAAGCCAGGGCUGUGCAGAAAAGUGAAAUGAGGCCUGAGCACAAGGUCUUGUUUGAAUUUUUCAAGAAGUGUUUAUUGCCCAGACAGGAGAGAAGGCACAUUGCUAAUUACAUGGAUCUAGUUCUUAUGGAGUGCCUGGAGAGAGGAAAGCAAAUCAACUAG